AUGGUGUAUUUAGUACUAAAUACGAAUUAUUCCGUGCAAAAUUUAAAAAUUUUUAUAGACGAUAAACACGAAUUAAGAAAUGAGCUUAUACCUUCUGGGCAACACUGGAGCAGAACGCCUCUGUAG